AUGCAGAGGGUGUCCUACAGAGGGUGUCAUACAGAGGGUGUCAUGCAGAGGGUGUCAUACAGAGGGUGUCAUGAGGGUGUCAUACAGAGGGUGUCAUGCAGAGGGUGUCAUGGAGAGGGUGUCAUACAGAGGGUGUCAUACAGAGGGUGUCAUUCAGAGGGUGUCAUACAGAGGGUGUCAUACAGAGGGUGUCAUGCAGAGGGAGUCAUACAGAGGGUGUCAUACAGAGGGUGUCAUGCAGAGGGUGUCAUGCAGAGGGAGUCAUGCAGAGGGUGUCAUACAGAGGGUGUCAUGGAGAGGGGUGUCAUACAGAGGGUGUCAUGCAGAGGGUGUCAUGUCAUGAGGGUGUCAUACAGAGGGAGUCAUGCAGAGGGUGUCAUACAGAGGGUGUCAUGCAGAGGGUGUCAUACAGAGGGAGUCAUGCAGAGGGUGUCAUCAGAGAGGUGUCAUCAGAGAGGUGUCAUACAGAGGGUGUCAUGCAGAGGGUGUCAUGCAGAGGGUGUCAUGCAGAGGGUGUCAUGCAGAGGGUGUCAUGCAGAGGGUGUCAUCAGAGGGUGUCAUGCAGAGGGUGUCAUACAGGUGUAUCAGAGGGUGUCAUGCAGAGGGUGUCAUGCAGAGGGUGUCAUGAGGGUGUCAUACAGAGGGUCAUCAGAGGUCAUGUCAGAGGGUGUCAUGCAGAGGGAGUCUCAUCAGAGGGUGUCAUACAGAGGGUGUCACAGAGGAGAGGGUGUCAUACAGAGGGUGUCAUCAUGCAGAGGGUGUCGAUCUCAGAGGGUGUCAUACAGAGGGGUCAGAGGUGUCAUACAGAGGGUGUCAUGCAGAGGGCAGGUGUCAUGUCAGAGGGUGUCAUACAGAGGGUGUCAUGCAGAGGGGUCAUGUCAACAUGCAAGGGUGUCAUGCAGAGGGUGUCAUCAGAGGGUCAUGUCAUCAGAGGGGUGUCAUACAGAGGGUGUCACAGAGGGUGUCAUGAGAGGGUGUCAUACAGAGGGUGUCAUACAGAGGAGGGUGUCAUGCAGAGGGUGUCAUACAGAGGGGUGUCAUACAGAGGGUGUCAUGCAGAGGGGGUCAUACAGAGGGUGUCAUCAGAGGGUGUAUCAGUCAGAGGGUGUCAUGCAGAGGAGUCAUGCAGAGGGAGUCAUGCAGAGGGUGUCAUGCAGAGGGUGUCAUGCAGAGGGUGUCAUGCAGAGGGUGUCAUCAGAGGGUGUCAUGCAGAGGGUGUCAUGCAGAGGGUGUCAUGCAGAGGGUGUCAUGCAGAGGGUGUCAUACAGAGGGUGUCAUGCAGAGGGUGUCAUACAGAGGGUGUCAUGCAGAGGGUGUCAUGCAGAGGGAGUCAUGCAGAGGGAGUCAGAGGGAGUCAUGCAGAGGGUGUCAUGCAGAGGGUGUCAUGCAGAGGGAGUCAUGCAGAGGGUGUCAUGCAGAGGGAGUCAGAGGGAGUCAUGCAGAGGGAGUCAGAGGGAGUCAUGCAGAGGGUGUCAUGCAGAGAGAGUCAUGCAGAGGGAGUCAGAGGGAGUCAUGCCGAGGGAGUCAUGCAGAGGGAGUCAGAGGGAGUCAUGCCGAGGGAGUCAUGCAGAGGGAGUCAGAGGGAGUCAUGCAGAGAGAGUCAUGCAGAGGGAGUCAGAGGGAGUCAUGCAGAGGGAGUCAGAGGGAGUCAUACAGAGGGUUGGUUAG